AGUGCCUAGCCCAGUCCGUGCCAUUUGGAUUUGUGAAUAGCACGUUUGUAAACCAUGAAGUUCGGGUUUCGUGUAACGCCGGUUAUGACGGCAUAUACAAGGCCAGAUGUACGGAAAACGGAUGGAAAGCGACGAGUAUCGUUCGACAGAUAACAUCUAGUUUCCGGCGGGUUACGUUAUGCGACGCGAUGCAGCUCAGGUGCCAAGGAAAGGAUGUACCUCAUGGUCGGAUCCAUACCUCGAAAGGUUUCACCCACUUUACUCCCGUAUGUGACAAUGGAUAUCUUGCCCGCCGUCAUCAUUACACAUGCAACCCAUUAGCAUCUAAUAUUUUCCAAGCCGGCUGGCAUCAAAAUCAGGGAGAUGGCUGUGCCUCAAUGCAUACAUGCCCAGGAAGUGGCAUUCAAUACGUACUCUACCAGAAUGAGGAUAAUCCGUUGCAAACCUAUAACAAUCACCUUGUAAACUGCGCAGGAAGUCCAGAAAGUCGUUUGCCAACCUCCGCUGAUUUGCCCUGUAUCAAGUUUGUGCUCAACACGCACAGGGAGAAAUUCCCGGAGCAUAAUUUCACGACUGUGUUCUUUUAUGCUAAUGGAGCAGCUAGUACCAUGACCAUGAGUGUCAAUGGAGAGUUAAGUACAUCUCGACUAUCGCAGGCACAGCGGAACCAGGUAUUUCCCGGAGCUAAGGCUGCCAUGUGCAUACCAGCCUGCCAGCAGUUGCGAGAGAACAGGCAACGCUCAAGGGAUUGAUUCAAGUCAAGUAGCUCGCCGUACAGUUUGAAUUCGCAGGGGCCGGGAUGAAUGAUUCCAUCUACAUUCCACAGCUGACUACAUCGCUUUGCUUAUUUGUUAUGUAAUCGAGCGUACUCUUUGAAGCAUUAGCACACAACUGCAUUUUGUUAUUUUGGUUACUUGGAAAAUUCAAGUCACUCCUUCUGAACAGAUAGCCUCGGAUAUGAUCGUGGAAAUUCAAUUUGUUCUUUUCGGUGUUGUUGUUUAA